AUGAUUAAAACUCUAGCAAAUUCUAAAAUGCCUUAAAUAAUUUCAUAGCUCUUUCAAGAAUGGUAUUUAUAAUAGUUUGAAAAAAAAAACAUUUCAACGAGAUAAUAAAGCAUUAUAUGUCAAAUCUUCAACAUUAGGUAAACAGCUGAUGACAUUUUUGAAUUGUUGAUUUCAGACUCGAAAUGUAUUUUCCCUGCCAAAAUAUACAAGUUUGUAUUGCAAUAAUGCUGUGAUAAAAUUAAUAAGAAUGUGAAAAAUGAAUUAAAGAUGCUGAGAGGAGCUUUAGUAGUAUUGAAUUAGAUCGAUUUCUUGAGAGUAAAGAAGGAAUUCAGAUUUGAAAUUUUGAUAUUGGACAUGAAUUAUAUUGAUGGAUUGGGAGGAGCAAUUGUCAAUGAAAUAUAAUUGUAAACUAAGAGACCAGCCAUUAUUAAAUUAGAAGAGAGAUCCUUGCCCCUCUAUGAAGAAUUCUCUAAAAUUUUCGAAAAGAUAAUGGAGAUCGAAUCGAAUCAAUUACAUGAACUGUCAAUUAAAAAGAAAAAUGAAUAGAAACAAGCCUUAUCAGAAGACGAGUAGAUGAAGAUAACAAUAAUUUAAUAAGAAAUGCCAAAGAGCCAAUAUCUGGUGUAUGAUGCAUCCCUCUACCCAGAGUAACAUUUUUUGGAGAAACAAUUCAAAGCUUAAUUCAAGUUUGUGCCUUACAUAAGUCUCAAACUCAGUUCAAGGGGAACGAAGAAAAUAGAAUAACAAUGA